UCUUUCUUUAAUUCUUCCUCCAAAUAUUUUUUCUAUAUAUACCUCUAUUUCUCUCAUAUAUUUUCCUCAUAAAAAAAGUUUAAAUUUGCUGCUGCGGAAGUUAAUUAAUUAUCUGAAAAAUACGUAAUUGCAUAGCUUCCGCUGCAGCUUUUAAUUAAUUUCCUAUUGAUAUUUUAAAUUUUUUUCGCUUCGAUUCUUAGCUCAAUAACAAUGGCUCGUUUUUUCUCCAACUCCAAGAUUGUUUCUGCUUUUAUUGUAGACUCUGUUUCUGCAGCUAUUAAUAGGCGCGGAUAUGCAGCUGCAUCACAAGGUGUAGUAAGAGGAGGGGUUGUGAGAAGCAAUGUGAUGAUGAAGAAAGGUGUAGAGGAAUCAAACAAGACAACAUCAUGGGUACCAGAUCCUGUUACAGGUUAUUACAGGCCUGAGACUCAUGCUAAUAAGGAAAUUGAUGCUGCUGAGCUGAGAAAGAUGCUCUUGAAACACAAACCUAGCCAACAUUGAAAAAAAAACAUAGAUAAAAAAUUGUGCCUUUGUGUGUAGGUGGCGGGUUCGGGAUUUAAAUAUUUAACUUUUAUGUUCUCGUCAUUGAACUCAUUGUAUUAUUAGAAUUAUGAGUUCAGAGAAUGUAAUAAUAGUGAAAAUUUUAGUAAUUUUUCACAUAUAUAUUUAUAUUCCAUAUAAAAAAUUCUGGUUCAGUUGAAUCUGUUGAACCUGUCAUGCAUUCGACUUUGUUGAUAGGCGGAAGUGAAUUUAAAAUUUAAACAUUCGUCCAACCUUUAUGUUCUCACCGCGAAUUCGUUACACUUUUGUAAUUAUGUAUUUAGAAUGUAAUAUUUCAUUAUUAGUCUUA